AAUGUUCGACAAUUCGCAGGAUAAUAGCAAUAUUCACGUUAUUGUUGAGUCUAAUGUUUAGAAAGAGAAUUCGACGAGAUUGCAUCCAUAUCAGACUGAGGGAGUCAACUGGCUGACCCAUUCGUGGAAGAAUAACAUAAAUACAAUUUUGGCUGACGAAAUGGGGUUGGGCAAGACCAUUCAGAGCAUAAUGUUUCUCUCCAAACUGUUCACCGAAGAGAAAGUGACUGGUCCAUUCCUGCUGACAGUACCUUUGAGUACACUCAUCAACUGGGAAAGGGAGUUUGAGAUAUGGGCACCACAACUAUACGUGGUCACCUACAUCGGGGAUAAAAAGAGUCGGGCAAUCAUCAGUGAAUAUGAAUUCGAGUGUGUGGACAGUGACAAAGUGAGGUCAAGAAAGAAGCCCCACCACCGACAGAGGCAAAGACGUGUCACCAAAUUCCACGUGUUAUUGACCUCAUAUGAGCUGAUAUGUAUUGACAAGAAGAUUCUGUCGACAUAUGCCUGGAAAGUGCUUAUUGUGGACGAGGCACACAGACUUAAGAAUAGUUCUUCCAAGGUUCCCAUUCUUCUUAUUCUUAGUUCUUCCGAAUAUUAACUCACUACUUGUUCGGUUACAGGCUAAAGUUCACGGACAAGUGGAGAUCUACGGACUGAACUACCGUCAACAGAAGGCGUUUUACAACAACGUGAUGAGAUACGGGUUGCCGAAUACAAGA